GAUUUCUAAGUUUCUUAGAUAUUAUAUAUUAGAUUCUAUCAAUUAGGGAUAUUUUGUAUUUAAAUUAUAUGAGUAAAGCUGUUGAAUAAAAUUUUAGAUCAUCAUCAAUUUAAUAUUUUUUUUUUUAAUUUAGACCACAUAAAAAAAUUAGAAUAUCAACCUAGUAUUGUAAGGGGAAGAGAGAGAGAUGAUUUAUUGGUUUCAAAUGUCUUUUUAUAUACUUCAUAUAGUAAUAUAA